GAUGGCGGCGGCGAAGCGCGAUGGGCCUGGGUCGUCAGCGGCGGCGGCGGCCAAGGCGGGCGCGGUGCCCCGCGGGCCCGGUCGAAAGCGGCGGUGGAGGCCCGUCCUGCUGCGCAGCGUUGUCGGCAGCGUCCAGGAGGGACGAGGAUUUGCAUUUCGGAGGAAACAAAAGAUUGAAAGGCAGUACAGGAAAUUGCUGAAAAAGAGAAGACAAGUGCAUUCCCAGCAGGAUGAUCAGUUUACAGAUACCUAUCCAGAGCACUUGAAACAUCUUUACCUUGCAGAGGAAGAAAAGCUUAAGAAGCGGCGCAGGACUCCAGAUGAUUCAGUGUCAUCAGAAGAAAAGCUUAAUAAAGCAGUCGAGUCAGUUGGGACUCAAGAGAAUUUUAAAAAUAAAACAUCCAAUCAGAAGGCAAAAGAAGACUAUGAGAAAAUAAAGGCUGAGCGUGCUAGAAAGAAAGAGGCAUUAUGCGGAAAUGCUUGUCUAUGGGAUCAGCAUGGCAUUGCAUUUCAAAGAAUAAACUGUAUGAGAAGAAAUUAUCCAAAUGAACUGAAGCAGUCUUUCAGUCUGAUUUGUGAUGUCUUGCAUAUUUUGGAAGCAGAAAAAAGAAAACAACAAAGAGAAGAAGCUCAACGGUUGUACAAGAAAAAGAAAAUGGAAGCUUUUAAAAUACUGAGUAAGAAGACAAAAAAAGGACAGCCAAAUCUAAAUUUACAAGUAGAAUUUCUUCUUCAGAAAAUACAGCAAAAUACAUAACCCCUGCAUAUAUUUAAGUUAGCUGUGGACAUUUUAUUUUAUUACAUUUAAUAAAUAAUGUCUUUUUGUUUCCCUA